CUUCUUUCAUUGUGGGUUGUGUUCUCUCCACUAUGCUAGUUAACGUGGAACGUAGAGAUGUAUAUGAUCUUAAAGUUUAGAGGCUAUUAGGUAUUCAUACAGAAAAUGUCAGCGAGUCAAUAAACUUUUGGUCUCCAAAAGAUUGCUCCUCCUAAUCCUAUAUAGAAAAAUGGGAAGACGUUGGUAGUUGAAUGCUCAAGAAUAUCUUUUGGAUUCAAGUUAGGUUUUAUGGGGGACGAGUUUGGGAAUCGGGUGCCGCUUGUGGUGGCCAAGAAUCUGAUACCAAUCUCUUUCCCAAGCUGCUUUCUCUCAUCCAUCCAUUCAAGCUGAUUCUUAAAGUUCCUUUUGAUUAUUAGCCAUCAUCUCCUUUUUUCUAUCUCUAGUCUACUUAAACACCUUCCUCGGGCUCAACUCAUAUAUAAGACAAAGCUUUACCUAACCUACUAGGCUACUACAAUAAUGAUUUCUUUAAGUAACUAGUUGGUUUCUCAAAAUGAAUAUCGUAUCUUAUAGAAGCUUCAUCUAAUUUAAGUGGCUCCUCAAAACACAAGCUUCUCUAAUUUGGGUUCAAGAUCAUCAUCUAGUCUGGUUCAGUAUUUAUGUGAUUCUAACAACUUAUUUGCAUAUAAAUUUGUAUCAAUAGAAAAUUACUGAUUUGACAUGGUAUCCAAGUUGGUAUCAAAUCCAAAAAUAGGAUCUAGUUCAACUAAAUGAAAUAAUCAUGCCAACUAAAACAAGUAUGAUGUACAACAGAAAUUGCACUUGCAAAAAAAAAAAAAACUCAAAUACACAAACUAACCAAAAUCACUUUCUCUCUUAUUUUUUUCCUAUCUCUCUCUACCCUCUUUCUAAAAUCUACUCCUUAAUACAAAAAACUACAAGAAAAUUUAUGAUAAAUAGAUUGCAAGAAAUUGUCUCCCAUUUACUUGAGGUAAAAAGGGCAGAGGAUGCUGUCUUCUGGCUAUCUUUGGGCUUUUGAUAAUCAUAUUAAUAUAUGGCCUUCUGGAUGUUCUCAUCUUUUUUGGGGCUUUGAAGAGAAAUCUCCCAAGAAAAAAAACAAAAAAUCGCUAGAAGGAGGGGUCGAACCUCCGACCUUGUGGUUAACAGCCACACGCUCUAACCAACUGAGCUAUUCCAGCUUGCUUGAUUCUUACAGUACAUUCCCCAAUAUAUACUCAUUAUUACAAAACUCGGAAGCAAACUGAAUAUGUCGGAAUGUGGUCUGAAACCAGACUCUGAUCGAUCACUGCUCCAAUGUUGAGAAAAACUCUAACAUCAAUCCAACGAAGAAGACAACACUUCUCAUCGUCUUCUUCUUCUUCUCAAGAAAGUGAAUCCCUUUACUCAUUCCUGAAACCAUCUCUCUUCUCCCACAAACCAAUCACCCUCACUCCCUCCCUCUCUCCGCCUCCUCAACCCUCCAAAGCCCUAACCCACGACCAAAAAGCCUCCCUCGAAUCCACCCUCCACCUCUCCUUAUCCACCCACAACACCGACGAAGCAUGGAAGUCCUUCAGAUCCCUCGUCUCCGCUUCUUCCCUCCCCCAGAAGCCUCUCCUCAACUCCCUCAUCACCCAUCUCUCCGAAUCAACCACCUCCCCGCACAGACUCAAACGCGCCUUCGCCUCCGCCGCUUACGUCAUCGAGAAAGAUCCAAUCUUGCUCGACUUCGACACUCUCCUCACCCUUCUCCAGUCCAUGAAGAUAGCCAAAGCUGCUUCCCCUGCGUUGGCUUUGGUCAAGUGUAUGUUCAAAAACAGGUUCUUUGUCCCCUUUGAUCUCUGGGGAGGUUUGGUUAUCGACAUCUGCCGAGAAAGUGGAACCUUGUCUUCGUUUCUUAAAGUGUUUAAGGAGAGCUGUAGAGUUGCAAUCGAUGAGAAGCUUGAUUACAUGAAACCUGGUUUGGAAGCGUGUAACGCGGCUCUUGAAGCGUGUUGUAGGCAGAUGGAGUCUCUAACCGAUGCUGAGAGUGUGAUUGAGUUGAUGGCUGUGAUUGGUGUGAAGCCUGACGAGUCCACCUUUGGGUUUCUUGCUUACUUGUAUGCAAGAAAAGGGCUUAAGGAGAAGAUAAAGGAGGUUGAGAGUUUGAUGGAUGGUUUUGGUUUUGCUAAUAAGAGAAUCCUUUAUUCGAAUAUGAUUAGCGGUUAUGUUAAGGUUGGUGAUUUAGAUAGUGUUUCUGAUGUUAUACUCCAUAGUCUUCAAGGAGAUUGUAGCUUCUGUGAGGAGACGUAUUGUGAAAUAGUGAAAGGGUUUAUAGAGAGUAAAAGCGUCAAGAGUUUAGCUAGACUAAUAACCGAAGCUCAGAGGUUGGAGUCUGAGUCCAUUGACAUUGACGUAUCAGUUGGUUUUGGAGUCAUAAACGCUUGUGUUAAACUCGGAUUCUCUGAUAAAGCACAUAGUGUACUCGAGGAGAUGAUAGCUCAGGGAGAAGAAGGAACCGUGGGGCUUGGGGUCUACUUACCAAUCUUGAAAGCCUACAGCAAAGAGUACAAAACAGCUGAAGCUACUCAGCUGGUUACAGAGAUCAGCAGCUCCGGUCUACAGCUAGAGGUUGAGAUCUACAACGCUCUGAUAGAAGCGUCAAUGACCAACCAGGACUUCGUGUCUGCGUUCACGUUGUUUAGGGACAUGAGAGAGGCAAGAGCGGUGGAUUUGAAAGGGAGCUACUUAACAAUCAUGACGGGACUCCUCGAGAAUCAGAGACCAGAGUUGAUGGCAGCGUUUCUAGACGAAGUAGUGGAGGAUCCUCGCGUGGAAGUGAACUCUCAUGACUGGAACUCGAUCAUUCACGCCUUUUGUAAGUCGGGACGGUUGGAGGACGCGAGGAGGACGUUCAGGAGGAUGGUUUUCUUGCGUUACGAGCCUAAUAACCAGACCUACUUGUCGUUGAUCAAUGGAUACGUGAGUGGUGAGAAGUACUUCAAUGUCUUGCUCCUGUGGAACGAGGUCAAAGGGAAGGUGUCGUGUGUAGAUGCGGAGAAGAGGUCGAAGCUGGACCAUGGUUUGGUGGAUGCGUUCUUGUAUGCGUUGGUGAAAGGAGGGUUCUUCGAUGCGGCGAUGCAGGUGGUGGAGAAGUCUCAGGAGAUGAAGAUAUUUGUGGAUAAGUGGAGGUAUAAGCAGGCGUUUAUGGAGACUCAUAAGAAGCUUAGGUUGCCGAAGUUGAGGAAGAGGAACUACAAGAAGAUGGAAUCUCUUGUUGCCUUCAAGAACUGGGCUGGUCUCAGCACAUGAGAAAAGCCAGAGGUGUUGUCUGUUUAUGGUGUUCUGACACGUGGAGUUGCUAAUUUGGGGGGAGCAGGAGACUAGGAGAAGCAGCCAAGGUUUGGUUAAGGCGAGCUAAUCCCUGUAUUGUAGGAAUACCUUUUGGUUUAAAAAGAAAUCUGCAGAAAGAAAUGGAUUAGUUCUUUUGAUUUUGUUCAACCUUUUUCCUUUUUAGUCUCAAAAUUUUCAAAGGAUUAUCCAUUUUUGUGUGUUUGUUAUUUUUUUUAUAAAGAUUAUUAGAUGGUUACUGUCAUUGUUCCAAGCCUCAAGAAUAAGUUUUUUUUUUUUACUGUUUUGUGUAUAUAGAGGGUCGUCCCUUGUCAAUAUGUAUCAUCAUGUUUCUGUUGUUUGUUCUUCGAA